AUGGGACUCUUCGAUAAGCUGUUUUUUAAAAAAGAGGGCAGAGAUGUCGGCAAUCAUACUGUUCGUGCUGGUAUAAUCGCCAAUGAGUUUGAAGCGCAUUACUUUGUUGGCAAUCCAUUAGGCUCUGGUGCUUUUGCCAUUGUCAAGGAGGCAAUUCGUAAGAGUGAUGGAUCCAAGUUUGCCGUCAAGAUUGUUGACAAGACAAAGAUUAAAGGACAAGAAAAUCUGAUUGCUGGAGAAAUUGCGGUACUCAAGCAAUUGAGUCAUCCUAAUAUCCUACUGGCAAAUAUUGUUCACCGUGAUCUCAAGCCAGAGAAUGUCAUUUUUGCAGAUUCAUCAGAAACAUCUCGUGUUUUGCUUACCGAUUUUGGUCUAUCCAAAAUUGUCAAGACAAAUCAGUUUCUUACUACAUCAUGUGGCACACCUCAUUACGUUCCUCCUGAGAUUUUAAAAGAUCAUGGCCAUGGUACCCCUGUUGAUAUGUGGUCGCUUGGCGUUAUUACAUAUGUGCUACUUAGUGGAUAUACGCCAUUUUGGGGAGGCGAGACUAAUUCCACAACAGUUUUGUAUCAAGCCAUUGUUGAGGGGAGUUACGAAUAUGAUCCAGAAAAUUGGGAUAAAAUAUCAGCAGAUGCAAAGAAUUUUAUUAGCAAGUUACUUUUAGUAGAUCCUUCUAAACGCAUGACAGCUGCAGAGGCAUUAAAACACCCCUGGCUCCAUACCGAGGCUGCUAUCGACUUAUUACCCAACAUGCGGAAAAACUUUGAUGCAAAAAAGACGUUUAAAAAAGCAUUUCUUGCUUUAGCCACUAUUCGCCAAGCUAGCGUCUUGGGGAAAACAAAAAGCUCCGAUUCAGUUGAUCAUGCUGUAUCACCUAUUUCUGAAAAUUAG